AUGAAGUUGCUCGUUUACCUCGCAGCCGUCGCCAUCAGCGGCGUCUCCGCCGCAAGCACAACCUCGAGCACCGCUGCCGCUGCCGCUCCCGCCGUCUCCCAGAAGAACUGCCUCGCCGACUACAUCCUCAAGCAGUGCCUCGAGACCGAGAACGCAAGGCUCGCCACCUGCGGCCUAACCGACUACCAAUGCAAGUGCUACGCGCACCAAGCCAUCGUGACCUGCUACAAUAACUGCCCCAACGACCCCGACGCCCCAGGCGCCACGCUGUACAUGAACGGCGCCUGCAUGGACGCCUCGGCCUAUGCCACCACAAGUUCGGCAAAGGCCACUUCCACAGCCCAGGCAGACUCGGCGGCCGCUUCCACCGAGGCCACCACAUCCAAGCCGACAGCCGUGCCCACCAGGUCCAUCACCGCCGCCUCCGCCGCCGCCAGCAAGACCAACGGUGCGGAGAGCCUCGCCGGCAGCGCCGCCGGCAUGCUUGCCGCCGUUGCCGGCGCCGUAGCCCUUGCCUUGUAA